GCCGCCAAAUCGGGGAGGACUUAUCAUAUUAGAGAGUCUGCCAGACUAGCCAAGCCUACGUAACAGCUGGUGAAGGUGGUGAUGGUAGUAUUGGUGGUGGUGAUGGUGGCGGAUGGGAUUGGGAUUGGGAUUGGGAUUGUGCUGUGCUGUGCUGUGGACGGCUAACGCUACUUCAAAGACAAAGGAUCGUAGUGAAGAUGAGUGUGUGUUCUCUCUGUGUGUGUGUGUUUGUGUGUGGUGUGUGUUGGGGGAUACUCAGGGACCUAGACGGCUCCUCUCGCCAGCUCGCUCUUCGAGCUUGUUAUUACACCCGCAUUGUUGCGUUCUUUUUUCCCCCUUUCGUAUCCACAUGGUAUGGUAUGGCCUGAUCUCGCGCCCCCCUCCCCAUUUCUCCCCUAUCUUCCCUCUCCUCUUACUUCUUCUUCGACUCGGUGGUUAGAGAAAGAAAGAAAGAAUCACAAGAGAAGGUGAAAUACGUUCCGCCUGAAAAAAAGAGAAAAAUACCAACCUUGCUUGCCCGCGGCCGGGCUU